CUGCUGCUGGCCUGGGAGCAACAGAGGUUUUGUCCUUCUGUUCACCGUCUCUGCCUGUUCACACUAUUGAAGUGGUUAAGAAGAGAAAGUUUCCAGACCUCAGCAAACUGAGCGGAGUCGGUAAGAAUUUUGAAAGGGUUAAAAAGAAAAGAAAACAAAUACAGAAGGGCAGUUCUGUCAAUCAAAUUUCUUCUGUUCCUUUCAAAGCAAAGCAAUUGCUGGCUACCAAGUUCACUCAACUACCAUGGAAACAUGUCACAAACACUUUCUUCUUCCGCUUCUUCUUCGUCUUCUGUUGCAUGUUCUUGUGUAUUUCUCAAUCUUCAGUGCUGGAAAUGGAGCUCUAGCACAUCCAAGAAAGGCUUCAAAUAACUCGGUCACUGCUAUUCUAGUGUUUGGAGACUCCACGGUAGAUCCAGGAAACAACAACUAUGUUAAAACAAUUUUUAAGGGUAAUUUUCCACCUUACGGACAAGAUUUUCCCGAUCAAGUUCCAACUGGAAGAUUCACUAAUGGACGGCUCACCACUGAUUUUAUAGCUUCAUAUGUUGGCGCCAAAGAGUAUGUGCCUCCAUAUUUGGACCCAACUCUUAGCAUUGAGGAGCUUAUGACUGGAGUCAGUUUUGCCUCUGCAGGCACCGGAUUUGAUCCUCUCACGCCACAAAUAAGCAAUGUGAUAGAGAUCCCAAAGCAAGUGGAGUAUCUAAAAGAGUACAGGAUAAGGCUGGAAUCUGCAAUCGGAAAGCAAAGAACAGAAAAUCAUAUAAAGAAAGCUUUAUUUAUAGUGAGUGCAGCAACAAAUGACUUCGUUGUUAAUUAUUUUACUUUACCAAUUCGACGAAAGACCUUCUCCGUUUCAGCUUACCAGCAGUUCAUCUUGCAUAAAAAUUUACAGUUCAUUCAGGAUUUGAUUAAUGAAGGAGCAAGAAGAAUAUCAGUAACUGGACUACCGCCAAUGGGCUGUUUGCCUGUUGUUAUAACCCUAUUCUCUCACGAUGCCAUUUUGGAACGUGGUUGCAUUGAGUAUUUUUCCUCUAUUGGGAAACAAUAUAACCAGAUGCUCCAAAAUGAAUUAAGUCUCAUGCAAAGUCGAUUAUCAAAUCUCGGUGUCAAGAUUGGCAUCUCUGAUGCAUAUGGACCGCUCACCAACAUGAUCCAAGGUGCCGCAAGCCCUGCAUUUGAUGUGGUGAAUGCUGGGUGUUGUGGAACGGGUUACCUGGAAGCAGGAAUUUUGUGCAAUCCAAAAUCACUAGUGUGCCCUGAUACAUCCAAGUAUGUGUUUUGGGAUUCAAUACAUCCAACUGAGACAACAUACUACAACGUUUUUCUGGCUACACGUUCUACCAUCGAUUCUUUGAUCAGAGAUUCCUAAAUGUUUGUUAAUAUUUGAUUGGGAUAUAUAUAUAUAUAUAUAAUUCUCUUCUUUUUUUCCCUUUUUUUAAUAUUUUUUUUCUCUUGAAAAAGUUUUAAUUAUAGAAUUAUAUACACUCAGUGAACUAGUGAAGUAUCAAGUGUUUAUAGAAACUGUGAAAUCACUCGAUUAAUAUGAUUGUAUUUUAUUAA